CCCACUCUGCCCUCACCCAACAUGGCGCCCGCCCGCCCAACUUCAGCUACCGCCCGCAGCAAGCAUGGCGGCCCCUUCAGUUUCUAUUGUGCCCGCCUCGUGCGCUCUCCCGCGGUGGCUUCAGCGGCUUCACCUCCGCCGACGCAAAGGUGGCGGAAGCGGUUGCGGCCGUUUGAAUUCCAGCGGAGCCGCCAAAGCCGCGCACAAAGGCGCCGGGGCUCUGGCCGGCAGCGGGGUGCGCGGGUUGGCGCCUCCAUGGACUCGUUACCGGGGGAAGACCCGACGCUGCCGGUGGCGUUUGAGGGCAGCGUCUCCCAGCUGCCAGACAUCUCCCGUGGGGACCCCCAGCCCGGCCCGGCCGGCGGCGAAGUGCUACCAGAUGUGGCAGAAGAUACAGUCUCACCAACUAGAGCUCGGACCAUGAAGGACUAUGAAAAUCAAAUCACUGAUCUGAAAAAAGAGAACUUCAACCUGAAGCUUCGUAUAUAUUUUCUGGAGGAACGAAUGCAGCAGAAGUUUGAUGGUCCAACUGAAGAAAUAUACAAAAUCAACAUUGAGCUGAAAGUUGAGAUAGAAAGUCUGAAGCGUGAUCUGCAGGAGAGGGAGAAACUACUUAUCAAAGCCUCUAAGGCAGUUGAAAGCUUGGCCCAAGGUGGAGAUGCUGAAAUACAGCGUGUGAAAGAAGAGACACAAAAGAAGAUGCAAGAAAUGAAAGAAAUCCUGACAAGCAGAAUAAACUUUCUUGAAGAGAAUCUGAAAGCUGCUCAAGAAGAUGUGGAAAAAGCCAUUACAAUGACAGAGAAGGAAAAAGGUCUCAGAAUAGCUGCUGAGCAGAAACUUUCUUCAAUUAUGAAUGCCCCUGCAAAGGAUGUGGAUAUGAUUACAGGAGCUGAGAAAGACAGACUUAUAGAGCAACUGAAUCUGUCAUUGAAAAGUAAAGAAGCUAUAAUUCAACACCUUGAAGAGGAAAAGUCUCAGAGUGGAUCUUAUGAUGGGAACUUAUCAGCAGAAAAAAUCAGAGAACUUACCCUUGCUUUGAGGCAUGAAAAAGAUAGUCAGAUAGAGACUAUUAAAAUGGAGCUUAAAAAUGAGAGAAAUUCCUUUGAAAAAAAAAUUCAGUCACUUCAAGAAGAGCUACAAGAGAGGGAAAAUGAGCUUGCUGUUGAAAAGAAGAAUGGUUUGAAAAGGGAUAAAACCAUUCAAGGGCUAACUGUUGCAUUAAAAGCAAAGGAAAAAGAGAAUGAGGAGCUUGGUUCUGAAAUUGAAGAUCUAAAUGCUUCAUUGGCUAAGGCAAGAGAGGCAACUCACAAAGCACACAUCCAAAAAUUCAAGGGUGCUGAGGAUUAUGAAGCUCUCUUGAUGGAGAAAGAGACCCUUUUAGCAGAGCUGCGUUCAGAAAACCUUACAAAGGAUGCAGAGAAUCGUAAACUACAAAGGAGGAUUAAAAGGACCGAUCAAGAGCUAAAUGAUUUGAAUUUAGAAAGAGAGAAAAUGGAGAAGGAACUGGAUGAAGCACAACUACAGAAGAGCAGAAGUGACAAAACGAUUAAUGACCUUAGAAAUCAACUAGAGAAAUUACAUGGUGAAAUGACUGAGAAAGAAAAAGCAGUUGAACAUCAUUACAAUAUUCUUUUGAGUGAAAGCAAUCAGAAGUUGCAGAGCCAAGAACUAGUUAUCAAGCAGCUAACAGACAAUGUCAAUCAAAAGGAUCUACUGCUUCAGAAACUUGAUGGAACAGUUAAAGAAAAGGAUGCAGAAUUGCAGGAGCUCCUGAAUAAAUACAAGAACCUUCUAAGAGCUAAUGAAGAACUUGAACUGAAAAUUGAGGGCUUAAUAAAGGAAAAAUGUGCUGCACAGUCUCAACAGUCAAUCAUCAACAUAGUCAGAGAGUUAGAGGUAAAUAAAGAAGCUGAAUAUGAAAAGCUGAUCCUUGCUUUAAGAAAGGAACAACAUAUUUAUUCUACGCUAGUGAAGACCUUCAAAGAAUCGGAUAGUAUAAAUAGCUUGCAAACGGAACUAAACAACAUUUUCAUGUUGCGAAAACAACUAGAAGAAGAUGUUUUAGCUAAUCGGAAUCUACAGAAGGUCUUAGAAGAUCAGAUUAAGGACAUUAAAAACCGACCAGAUGAGACACUAUCUUUCUGUGGAGAUCAAACAUCUUAUAUGAGUAUCUGUUUAGGAGAGCAAGAUCAUUUAAGCCUACAGAUAGACCAUCUGUCUCUUGAAGAACUUAAGAAAAAGGUUACAGAACUUCUCUUGAUGGUUAAGGAUCUUCAGUCAAUUAAUCAAGAACUUAAGAAAAAACAGCUUGCACUUUGUACAACAGAUUCUCAAGGGAAGGAAGCACUAAAAAUAUUAAACCACAGUGAGUGUCUUGAAAUAACAGAGGAGCCAGUGAUGCUGACUGAAGGUGGUGACAAUGACAGGAAGACGCAGAACAGUCAAUUUUCUGAGAGGGUCAGUCAGGUAUGCCUUCAGGUAUCUUUGGAUUUUCCUUGUGAGGUGGAUAAACAGAUAACUCCAUCAGGCUAUUCAGAGAGUUUCUACAAAGAUAGACAUUAUAGGAGUCCAAAUAAGCCUCAGUUUGAACAUGGUACAACUGGCAAACACUUUGGCAGAAUAGGAAUGGAUGAACAUGAAACAGAAGAAAACUUGCUCACAUCUCUUUCAAGAGAAAAUAGAACAUCUGUACUGGAAUCUACCAGACAGGAACAAAUGAAAAGUGUAAAUGAACUGUUAGAUCAUCUGAAUGCAACUGAGCAAGAAUGUUCAAGUGAAGAUAUAGAGAAAAAGGAUGAAAAAGAUCUUAGGCAAAUGAUUAUUCAACUAAGAGCUGAACUCAAACAUUUCAAGCAGGUCAAUAAAUUCUUAGAGCAUCAAGCAGAAUUGAAAUCAACUUUUGAUGGGAAAGAGAAGCUUUAUCCAGAUGCAAUGCCACAGAUUAAUAAGGAUAUUCAGUUGCUGAAAGUGGAAUUGAAAGAUGCAGCUACACAAACAAUGACUUUAGAGAGUAAUGUCAUGAGAUUCCAACAUGAAGGCAAAAAAGGAGCCUCAGAAGAAAAAACAAAAUAUUCAAGAUUAAAUGCAGAACGAGAACAUCAGCAAGAAAAUGUGUGUAAGAAGGGUGAACAGCAUGAAAGACUUUUUUUUACAAGGAGAACAAAUGAAACUGAUUCUGCUUCCCUGCCCAAGAAGUCCCGUCUGCCUAUUCUCUUAAAAUCAUCCAGACCAUUAAGAAACCUGCCUUUGAACUCCUGUAUGCAGAGGUCAGAUUCAAAACAACAGUGUUGUACCAGGGCACCUUAUGAAGGUCUGAAAACAUGUGAAGUACAAGCCAAACAAUUUCAGUCACAAACAAAUGGAGGGUUAUUAUCGGAUGAGUCUGUAGCUGAAAACCUUCAAGGAAAGCCUGUGCAGGAAAGCACAUCAGUGAGAGUUGGCUCAUUGCUCAAACUGGAUAAUGGUGAGGUCCAGGUGGAGUUGCAAGGUGUUGAUUUGGGUACAAAGGACAAGAAUGAGUAUGCAAUGGACAAAAAUCAACAAAGCUAUCAAGAAAUGCAAAAUCAUCAUAAGAUUAGCAACGUGAAUAUCCAGCAUUCAUUAAAAGAGAUAAAUGAAGAGUUUUAUUCUGUGGAACAUGAGGACAUUGAUUCAGCCACUGCGUAUUCAGGCUCCAAGUGCCUGUGUUCUCUCAAAUUGAGUAUAACAAGUACAGAUGCACUUGAUGACUGUGAAGUCAUAGACGAUAUAGAAGAAUUGAAACAAAGAAUUAAGAGUAUGAAGUCUGAGCUUGAAAAGUACAAAAUGUUCGUGUUUCAUUUACAGACCUCUGACCAGCUUUUAUCAAGUGGUAUUUCCAAUAUAGUUUUGAGUGACACAGCCUUGCCCACGGAAGGAUGUGUUACACAAGUGCAAGAUACAGCUAUGCAAAAAAUCAAAACAUUUUCUAGUGUCCAUCAGCUGAUGGAUUAUGAGAUCCACACCAAAACCAGGGCUUUAGAGUCUUCAAAAGCAUCUGAUACAUGGACAGCACAAAACCUUAAGGAACUACUAACGGCAAAUGAGGCAGAACUUGAAAAAGAGCAAAUUGCAAAUAUGCAUCUUGAUGAAGUGUAUCAUCUUAAGAACAACCUGAGAGAAACAUCACCAUCCAAAUAUGAUUCAUUAGUUCAUUCACAAGCUCAAGAACUGUCCUUUCAACGCCAACAAAUUAAAGACAUCCACGGUGGUUGUGUUGCUUACCAUCAACAUCUGACGAGCCUUAUUAAAGCUUUUGAGGAACUGCUUCAAGCCAGUGAUGUAGAUUAUUAUGUUGCUGAAGGCUUCCGUGAGCAACUGAAUCAAAGUGUACUAUUGUUUGAGAAGCUAGAAGGGAAAUUCCUGUAUGGAGAAUCAAUAGGUACAGAAGUUAAUAUACUUUAUGAAUUAGCUCAAAGGGAUAAUGAGAACAACACCGCAAUGUACCAGCAACUGAAGGAUGAAUCACCUGUACCAUCUGCUCUUCAUAGCUUGUCUGACUUUGAUUUGUCAGAAAAGUCAUCUCUUGGAUCACCUGAGCACAGACAUGACCUGGAAGGACAGCAUGGCACACUGGCACUUCUGCCAAACAAGUUUCCCCCAGAGUUAUUAAUGGAGCAUCUGCAAGAAAUUAGAAUCCUGAGACAACGUUUAGAAUACUCCAUAAAAACUAAUGAGAGACUGAGGAAGCAGCUUGAGAGACAAGUAACAGACAAGGAACUAGAUCAAGGUUCUGCAAACAUUUUUAUCCAUGGCUCAGAGCAGCAUAAUUCCCUGACUUCUGAAAUACAUUUCCUGAGGAAGCAAAAUCAAGUUCUGAAUGCAAUGCUAGCAAAAGGAUCCAGAGAUAAACAAAAGGAAAAUGAAAAGUUAAGAGAAUCUCUUUCUAAAAAGAAUGCAAUUAUUGAACACCUUCAUGAGGAUUAUGAAUGCAUCAAGAGAGAAAAUGAAAGGUUGCAAAAACAAAUUGGCCAAAAGGAAGAUGAAACCAGAUAUCUGACAUGUCAAAUUUACAGCAGUCGUAAUGAAUUAAACAGGUUGCAAACAGAAAUUAAUGUAAAGCAACGUCAGCUCUCUGAAAAUGAGAAGUUACUGCAGUCACUCCGAACUGAGAUCAAGGUUUAUGAAAAGUUGGAAGAAGCAAGGAGAAAGAAGACAGAUCCCAGAUGUGAUGCAUCAGAAGAAUUCCGAAAAGAUCAGAAUAAUCCACUUGAUUUACAUGAACUGUUGACUGAAAUACAGAGUUUGCGAGUGCAGCUUGAAAGAAGUAUAGAGACAAACAAGUCUUUGCAUGAAAAAUUAGAGGAACAGCUUUCAAAAGAAAAGAGAGUGGAAGCGGGAUCAGUGUCAGCUGUAAAUAUCAACUACCUUUUCAAACAAGAAUCUCAGCAUUCUGCAGGAAUGAAUGGUACGCAUUCAGCCUCUAAAGAUGAUUUAGAUAGCACUUCACACUGCGGUAGCACUUCAUCUUCCAGUACGGCAUGUACCCCUCGCCUUGUGCCUGGACAUCGUAUGUGGGCAGACAAAAACGGGCGCCACGUUCUUGGCCUGAUUGAGGAUUAUAAUGCUCUACGGAAACGGAUUUCAGAAGGGCAACAGGUUUUAUCAGAAAUGGAGAUUUGUUUAAGAGAGGUCACCGGUAUGAAACUGCAGGAGCCCGGUAUAAAGGUACCAGACCAGGCAUCGCUGCAUAGCUUUUCUGCAAAUAUUCACACAGUACAGCAGAUUUUAGAGGAGGCUGCACGUUUACUGAAACUUCUGUGGAGAGUUUCCCUUCCACUGAAAGCAGUACACAGUACUGCUCAUGGCACUCAGGAUGAAGGAAUGAAGGCAGAAAUAUUUAGAUUACGUAAGAAACUGUCUGAGCAAGAGAAGAAGUUACAUAGCACAGUGAAACGCUUGCACUCCACAAACCAGCUGAAGGAAAACAUGGAGAAGGUCAUCAUUGACCAGUUGGUUUUAACUCAUGAUGUCUUGAAGAAGGCUAGAGGAAACCUGGAAGUCCCACCAGCUGAGAAUCAAAAAUCACCUUCCUAUACCAGCAAAAAAAGGAUUCUCUGAAGGAGAAAGUUCUACUGCUAAAGACCGGUCCUGUGAUUGUUUCUUUAUGCCUUACUAUUUAUUGAUGUAAAAAUGUUUGUUCAGCUCUUUUAAUGGCAUCAGCCCUUGACCAAAAAAAAAAAAAAAAAGGACAAAAAAGACAUCUUUUGGUAAAUAACUUAUUUAACGUUUUCUGUAAUGUAAAAGAUGGUUUUUAAUAUUUAUUACAGAAGCAAGGUACGGGAGGUAUUGAAGAAAAAUCCAGAUUUUUUUAAAGUUGGCUCAUUUGAAAUUUUAUAUUUGUACUUGUCAUGUUAUAAAACUAUUUGUUGCUAUAGUCAAACAGGUCCUGAAAGAAUGAAGAAUGUCAUCCACCUUCCAAACUGUUUCUCUACUGGUAAAAGAAGGUUUAAAAAAAAAAAAGCUCUGCCUGUUGUCACUGUUUUGUAGCAAUGUGAAAAAUGUUCAAUAUUUUAAACAUAUCUGGAAGACUCUUCUGGAAGCUGCCUGAUGCUGAGCGUUCUUACUGCCCUAUUAGUAACUUAGAUUGAUGCUAGGUCUGAAAAUGUUACUUAGAAUCAGACAAUUAAAAUGAAAAAUAAUCACAAA